UUGUUGUUGUUGAUGAUGAUGAUGAUGAUGAUGAUGAUGAUGAUGAUGAUGAUGAUGAUGAAUGAUGAUUCGGUUGUUGAUGAUGAUGAUGAUGAUGAUGAUGAUGAUGAUGAUGAUGAUGAUGAUGAUGAUUCGAAUGAUGAUGAUGAUGAUGAUGAUGAUGAUGAUGAUGAUGAUGAUGAUGAUGAUGAACUGUACAACUUUCGACGGGUCAGAGUGGUAGAUUAG